CAUGCACGAUGUGUUGCUUACUUCUUAUCGGCUUGCUGGGUUGCAUAUCUCUAUCCGAAGAACAGAUACAGCCAACAAAUGUUGAAAAAACAAGACAGAAACUUCUCAGCUUAUCAGGCUCUCCAUCUACGUCUGCCAAUAGCUGGUCCGCGUAUUUAUCAUCCCAAGGGUUUAUGGGAAACGGCUUCUCAUCCUUCAAUAAUAUGAUCAACAAUGCUAUUAACCCAUCGGGGUCAGUCACUGCUGGGACGUCAGGAGGACUGGCUGGGGAAUUCUCUGGAGGACUGGCUGGGGGACUGUCUGGACGUUUGUCUGGUGGACUGGCUGAGGGACUGUCUGAGGGUUUGUCUGGAGGACUACCUGGGAGUCUGUCUGAAGGACUGUCUCAGGGAUUGUCUGGAGGAUUACCUCGGAGACUGGCUGGAAGUUUGUCUGGAGGACUGUCUGAGGGACUGUCUGGGGGUCUGUCCGGGGAACGUCCUGGGGGUCUGUCCGGGGGACUGUCUGGAGGUCUUUCUGGAGGACUAUAUGGAGGACUCUUUGGAGGAGAGGCUGCUAGUGUUGGCGAAGUCCUGCCAAAGCUUUCCCCACAAGUGAGGCGGCAGGUUAAAAAAGAACUGGCUGCGGGACUGGAUAUAUCAGAUAUCGCCGUUCUCAGGAACUAUCCUGCGCAGUUUCUGGAGAGGCUGGAAGAGAGUCUAUCCGAGUCGGCGAAUUCAGCGAAUUCAGCGAAUUUGAUCACCAUCAACCGCAUGAAUCGAAACAUACUGAACAUUCACAGACAGAGUUCAGCAGGCGAAACUCGAGGUCCAAAUUUGGCUGGGAAUAAUUCUCAAGUAAGUAAAACUGUUGAACCGUCGACUAGACAAGACGUUGUGAGAAACUCUGUCCAUAAUAGUAAACAGGUUGCUCCGCAAAUCAUUGAAACUUCUAAGAGUCUUGAACAGUCAAGCUCUCCAAGAUCGAAUGUCAGCACUCUACCACUUCCAUCUUCCUCAUCACGCAAGCCUGCUGAUCAAAUAAUUCCAAAUGUUAGCCACAUGAUGCCGCAGAUUCCAAACAUGGCUUUCGAUUCUUAUAAUACUCUCUUUCAAAUGAUGCCAAAUAUUAACACGUUGCAGCAGAUUCCAAACCUGGCUUUCGAUAAUGUGAAUCAUAAUGUUCUGUCUCAACUGAUGCCAAAUAUUAACAACCGGAUGCCACAGAUUCCAAACACGCCUUUCGACCCUGUUAACAAUGAUGUUGUCUCCGUUCUGAUGAAAUUAUCGCGACUGUGGGACGAAAGACAUAUAUAUGCCAGAGGUGGUUCCCCUGUAGUCAAAAACACAUUAGAUCAAAUUGACAGUAUAAUUGGAAUGUUGUCGCCAUAUUCCAAACGGAUGGUUAUGCCGAUAGUCUCUCAGUUCAAAAGAUCCCUAAAUUUAACACCAAAAAAUCAAUCCCCGUCCAAAAUCAAAACUCAUCAAACGGCGAACAGUAUGAGACUUCCAAACGAAACAUCAAUGAGUUCACUAAUAAAACGAACAAAUCUGAAUUCGAACUCUGUCGCAAGUGAAAAGUCAACAAGCAGCGUUGGAUUGGCAUCGGUGUCUACAGUUUCACAAACGACACAGUUGGAAAAGCCGUCACCUUCGCUGGAUAUCCAUGGUAGCAAAUCUGGUCCACUUUCUUCAGGGAGAGAUCACCAAUCGCCAAAAUCAACGUCAAACACUCUUAGCGGACCCCCCAUGCUCAACUCACGUUCGUUUGAUAAUAAAGGGUCAAAUCUUUUGCAAUCCGGCACCGUUUUCAAUCCAUUACAUAACGCACUAUUGAAAGAGUCGAGAUUAAAUGUCGCCCAGUCCAAAACAGUGGUUAAAGACACUGUGAUACCAAUUCCAGUUGAUUCAGCACAAAUUAAAAAUGUUUCAAUUCAGUGGGCAACAACACCUGAAGAGCAAUUCGAAACCACAUCCACAUCUUCACCAGUAACUGUUGGUACACGAUCACCUAGUACGGUAAAUUCAGUAUCUUCCGUUACGGUAAAGGCAAGCAAUCUUCAAAAGAUGCAGUCAUCUGAUACGGUAAACACGGAAAACGUUCAGCGCCCGCAGUCGCCUGAUACGGCAAAUACGGACAACUUUAAAAGCAAAAAUCCAUCUGGUACGGUAAAAACGGGAAGCGUUCAACGCAAAGAAUCAUCUGGUAUUCUGAAUAUGGGAAACGUUCAACAAAAUCAGUUACCUGGAACGGUAAAUACAGGCAACUUUAAACGCAAAAAUCAAUCUGAUACGGUAAAUAUAGGAAGCGUUCAACAUAAGCAACCAUCUGAUACGAUAAAUACAAGCAACUUUAAAAUCACAAAUUCAUCUGAUACGGUAAAUAUGGGAAUCGUUGAACAAAAGCAAUCACCUGGUAUGGUGGUGAAUAUGGGAAAUCGUCAACAUACGCAGUCAUUUGGUACGGAAAACGCAUCAUCGUCUGCUGCAGCAAAUGCAGGACAACCUCUACAAGCAGUAGAUCGUUCACAAGAAUCUACUCUAAAACUCAAAGGUGGUUCCGUGCCGGCCAUAUCCAGCGUACAGUCAUCGGAUACUGCCAAUGAGAGUAUAAUUUUCAGUGCAGCUCACGAACGGCCGUCAAAUACUACGAAUAAACCCGGUGAUCAGUCUACCGUGACUGCAAACCAGUCUUUGUCUGCUGUGCCACAAGGACGAACCUCUGACAUGGUAAAUACAAUUGCGAUUCCGGCAAAGUCAUCAGAUGCACCCACUACAGAAAAUCCCACCACCAGCACCAGUACUGCAACGUCUACAACAGCUGAUGUGAAGACAAUUGAGCCUUCUACUGUGACACACAGUGGUACUAGUAUUGGUAAGAAUAAUGGUCUCCGGGCAGGUGUAACCGGCACCACGCCCUUACCAGAAAAGAGCACAAGGCACAAACAAACAGAUAUCGCCUCUUCGGGGUUGAUGGAUCGCAGGGUAAUCCAAGAGACGUGGAAGGCAUUUUCGAAAUCGCUCCAGGAUAUGACUGCAUAUGGGAAUAAGCUACUGAUGAUAACAAAUCAGCUAAUUAAGUCCCAAAUGCAAAGACAAAUAUAAGCCUGUGAUAAAAUAAGUUUUUACAUCGUGCCUUACUGAUUAAAGGUAAUAUGUAUGCUCGCAGAUAUUAUUGAAAGUAUAAUCAGAGAUGGACUAUUUGGUGAUGUUACCUGA